CGGGGCAAUGGCUGACCCACACUUCCCCCGCUCUUGGGUCCCAGUGUAAAGUUUGCCCGCACGUGGAGAUGGCCGGCCUGCUUAAGCAAUGAUAACUCACAUUUAAUGUGUUUGCACAGGGGCCGAGAGAAAAAGCGCUCUGACGCAGGGAGGCCCAUCGCCUUCUCUGCCCAUCACAAUAGCCCCAGCCGCAGAACACACGGAGGCAAACAUCUCCAAAUGUCAGGCUGAUGGAUGGGCCAGUGCCAUCUGAUGGCCCUCCACCCCCUCCACACAUGCUUUUUGUGCCUUUCCAUCCAUUUGUGCAGGCUGGAGAGGUAAACGGUUUAAAUAGUGAGAUGAGUCCAGGAAACCGAGCAAAAUGCGACAAGCCUUGUGAAGAGGCGCUGCUGCGAUCGAUAGGAAUAGACGUUACAAAAACAAAAAAAAAGACAAUUAAAAGAAACAAAUCAAAUCACGACGAACGCACUUAAGUGGGAAGUAAGAGGGGAGACAUGCAGUCGGGCAUCCUCAUCAGCUUCAUCAUCACGACGGCUGUCUCCACUUUGACCGGAGCUCCGGUGAAGUCGAGUAACCUGAAGACGGUGGCAGAAGAAGACCAAACAGAUUUGGAUUUCUCAGAGAGUCCUGCAGAGAGCCAAGGCUUGAUCUUGAAAAUCCUGUCUGCUUUUGAAGAGGAUCACAAAAGCCACCCCUUUGUAGAUGUCCAAGCAAAUAGGAGACCUGUGGGGAGGAAGAUGAAAAUGAGAUUGUCGGAGAAAAACCCCACGGCAUCCGCCGCCCUGCUGUUGUUCGGGGAGCCUCUGCCGGGAAGAACAGUUAAGAAGGCCUCGCCACAGGCUGGCAAAAAGCCCAAGAAGAGAGCCUGCUUUUGGAAAUACUGCAUCCAGAACUGAGCUGUCACACCGGAACUCAAUGACAUCCUCAAUCCACGACGCCGCACCGGAACUCCUUCACAGCCUGGGGGAAUUCGGACAAGAGGCUUAACCCUAGCCUGUUAACUUCAUCCUGACCUGUGCGCACAUUGUGCGCAUUAAGACGACGUUAAGAUUUAACAAAUAAAUGUGCACAUAUGAAAGA